AUGGGAACAAUCCAAGUGCCCCAGACUCUUCCACGCCAGAUUUCUGAUGGAUACAACUGCAAGAAGAGUGAGAUUGAAUCUAUAGUCAUGUCAAGCUGCCAUUCAAUUGAUGAGUCUCCUGAAGCGAAUAUCGUGCGAGACCUUAGAAGCGAGUCUGCCGAGGAUUUCCAGACUCGCAAAAUCAGUUUGUUCAGAAGGCACCGUGCUGCUGCUAUUGAUGAGUUCACGAAUACAAUUAUGAAUAUGUGGCCCAGCAGAGCCCCGGCUAUGACGAGAUAUGAUGGCCUUGUUGCUGUGAGCCAGUACGCUGAUGUGCAAAAGGCUCUGAUAUUUGCCAGUGCUCUCUUUGAGAGUUGGUACGGCAACAAAUGCUUCUUUGAGUAUUUAACGGAAAUAGAGACUAUGCUUGGAAGGUUAAAGGAGACACAAACAUUGCUUGGAAUGACGUGCCAGGACAUUGGCCCUACAGGAAGUUGGCAGCCAUGGCGUGUCAAGCAUGCGCAGCCAAUUCUGAGGAGAGGACUUAUCAGCAUUGACGACAUCUUUGCCUCUCUUGCUCCUUUUCAUGUGCCAUUCUCAGGUACGGACUUGACCGACUUCUAA